UGGACGCGACCCUGCACGUGGAGUGGAAGGAGGUGAAGGCGCUGUCGCCGCUGAGCGCCGCCCGGCCGGCCCCGCUGCACCGCCUGGCCCGGCAGGCCUCCUUCGACAGCCAGGACUUCCUCGAGGUCAAUGCUGAAGACACUGCCGAGAUGCUGCCCAAGUCGCGGCGCGCGCUGACCAUCCAGGAGAUCGCCGCCCUGGCCCGCUCCUCGCUGCACGGCAUCUCGCAGGCGGUGAAGGAGCACGUGACGAAGCCGACGGCCAUGGCGCAGGGCCGCGUCGCCCACCUCAUCGAGUGGAAGGGCUGGUGCAAGCCCGUGGAGCCGCCGGCCGCCCUCGAGAGCGCCUUCAGCUCCUACUGCCACCUGAGCGAGGGCGAGCAGGAGGCACGCUUCGCCGCAGGCGUGGCCGAGCAGUUUGCCAUCGCGGAGGCCAAGCUGCGCGCCUGGUCCUCGGUGGACGGGGACGACUCCACGGACGAGUCCUACGACGAGGACUUCGCGCCCUGGGCGGAGAGCUGCCAGGCGGCCGAGCCGCCGGCGCCGCUGCGCGACCUCCUGCCCGGCCGCGCGGGCCAGCUGAGCGUGCGGCAGGGCUCGUGCGAGCCCGAGAGCGACUCGUCGCGCACCCUCUCCCCCGAGACCCUCUGCUCCAGCCUCUGCAGCCUGGAGAUGGUGUCGCCCUCCGAACUCACUGCCAAACUGCUGGGCUCCCUGGGCGGCGAGGACCUGCUGCCGCCCCCGGGCAGCCGAAGUGCCUUGCGGGGCCUGGCCCGGCUCCGGUGCCGGGACUCCCCGCGCUCCGCGUCCUACGCCGCGGGCUGCCUCUUGCCCUCCGCCGACCGCGGCGGCGACGUGGUGCUCAGCGAGGACUUCCCGCUGCGCCGCAGGGUCUCCGACGUCGCCUCCUCCGGGGUGGUGUCGCUGGACGAGGACGAGGCGGAGGAGCCGUGA